GCUCUGGGGGAAUGUACUUGGAGAAGAAGCAGACAGGAGCAUUUCACCGUUUCAUGCUGCAGAGUUGAGAGCAGACUCUGUCACCUGCGAGGCUUUUUUUGGUUUUUGUGCGGAUCCAUUUUGCAGAAAGCGCCCAGGAAGGCUGAGAGAAGCUCGUGCGUAAAGACACUCGCUCUCCAAAUCGGUUUUACGCACCGGAGCCGAGAGAGAGAGAGAGAACCAGCUGCCGUUUUCAAGCGACUUUACUCAAACUCAUCCUGGUGAGUUAAACUCACAUCCAGGGGCUGAUUUAUUUCCCCUCUCGCGACAGCGCGUCAUUGACUUCCCCCGAUUUCACGCGUAAUUUGGCACGAGAAAGUUGUUCGUAUGAAUCUCCUCGACCCCUACCUGAAGAUGACGGAGGAACAAGACAAGUGUCUCUCUGACGCCCCGAGCCCGAGCAUGUCCGAGGACUCCGCGGGCUCCCCGUGCCCGUCCGGCUCGGGCUCCGACACCGAGAACACCCGGCCGUCGGAGAACGGGCUCCUGAGAGCGGACGGGACCCUGAUCGACUUCAAGAAGGACGAGGACGAUAAGUUUCCCGCGUGCAUCCGCGAGGCCGUGUCCCAGGUGCUCAAGGGCUACGACUGGACGCUGGUGCCGAUGCCGGUGCGCGUUAACGGAUCUACUAAGAACAAGCCUCACGUGAAGAGACCGAUGAACGCCUUCAUGGUUUGGGCUCAGGCUGCGCGGAGGAAGCUGGCGGAUCAGUAUCCGCACCUGCAUAACGCAGAGCUCAGCAAGACUCUGGGGAAACUCUGGAGACUCCUCAAUGAAGUGGAGAAGCGGCCGUUUGUGGAGGAGGCUGAGCGGCUCCGGGUGCAGCACAAGAAGGAUCACCCAGACUACAAGUACCAGCCGCGGCGGAGGAAGUCCGUGAAGAACGGACAGAGCGAGUCUGAGGACGGCAGCGAGCAGACGCACAUCUCUCCCAAUGCCAUCUUCAAGGCUCUCCAGCAGGCGGACUCUCCGGCUUCCAGCAUGGGAGAGGUGCACUCUCCUGGUGAGCACUCAGGCUCCCAGGGGCCCCCAACCCCUCCCACCACCCCAAAGACUGAUGUUAGCUCAGGCAAGAUGGACCUAAAGCGUGAAGGCAGCCUCCGCUCCCUGCCUGACGGCCCCACCGGUCGCCAGCUCAACAUCGACUUCCGCGACGUGGACAUCGGCGAGCUCAGCAGCGACGUUAUCUCCCACAUCGAGACGUUCGACGUCAACGAGUUCGACCAGUACCUCCCGCCCAACGGCCACCCGGGCGUCCCCGGCAACGCCGCGCCGGUCACCUACACGGGCAGCUACAGCAUCACCAGCGGGGCCCCGGUCAGCCCACAGGCGGGAGGCGGCGCCGCCUGGAUGGCGAAAAGCCAGAAUCAGCAGGGACAACCGCAGCAGCACACUCUCACCACGCUGGGCAGCAGCAGCAGCAACAGCUCGGAGAGCCAGCAACACAGGACGCAGAUCAAGACGGAGCAGCUGAGUCCGAGCCACUACAGCGAGCAGCAGGGCUCCCCGCAGCACAUCGCCUACAGCCCCUUCAACCUGCAGCACUACAGCCCGCCCUCCUCCGCCUACCCAGCUGCCAUCUCCAGGGCACAACAACAGCAGCAGCAGCAGCAACAGCAGCAGCAACAGCAGCAGCAGUAUGACUUCUCUGACCACCAGGGGGGCGGCAGCACCACCACAGCAGCGGCGGCCUCGUACUACAGCCAAGGCUCGGGGCUGUACUCGACUUUCAGCUACAUGAGCAGCCCGAGCCAGAGGCCCAUGUACACGCCCAUCGCCGACAACGCGGGGGUUCCCUCCAUCCCCCAGAGCAGCCCGCAGCACUGGGAGCAGGCUCCGGUUUACACCCAGCUCACCAGACCCUGAAUCAUGAAUCAGACACACACACACACACACACACGUGUACAGCCACACUUUUACACACACUUAAACACACACACACACUUUACCGCAGGGAGAGUUCUUCCCUUGAAUCAGACACUUGAAUUCACAGCAGAGGAGAAGAGCUGGACUUGUGAUUGGCUCACAUCGUGCCUUGCUAUGAUAGAAACUAUAUAUAUAUAUAUAUACAUAAAUAUAUAUAUUUAGAGAGAUGAAAAGACUUAAAUCCUCUGUGAGGACUUGAAUAAUUGAUUGUUGAUAAUUUUCAGUAGGUACUGUGUAUGUUUCAUGUUUGGUUUUAUUUUCUUCUUUCAUACGCUGGCAGUUUGUAACUCGUGGGGGUUCGGGGGGGCGGGGCAGGAGGAGGAGGGGCUAAUUAUUACUUUUUUGUUAUGUUAACACUUUAUACUACAGUACAGGAAACAAUAUGGUCAUAGUCAUGGCAAUAAUUUUGUAAUGGGUGAGGUCAUUUCUACUGUAACACGGACCAGCGUGGUAAUGACAGUGUAAUAACGCAGUAUUAAUGCGUUCAUAACGGCGUUUUAAUGCUAUCACCAUGUUGUUACUGUACUGUAUUCGUGUGUGUAGAUAUAAAACUUUAAAAGCUUUAUAUUUUAACCCGUUCAGCAGCUGCACAGCAACAACACGAUCGUCUGUAGUGUCAUUUUUACAGUUUGCUUUGCUCUUCUUUUUUUUUUUCUCUGCUGCCUUUUGAGCAAAUAUGGUUUGUAUUUAAGCGGUUUUAUGCUGUCACAUUUUUUUUUUUUCUUCUUCUGAAGUUAUGUGUCAUAAUCGUUGGAAAAGCUAUGAGGCAACACGAGAGAGAGAGAGUUUCACAAUGUUGUGUUGUCUUAACGGGGGGGCGGGUUAGCGGGAGACUGAAGCUCCAUUUUCAAACCUUCUGUGCCUUGGAUUUUCACAUUUUUCUGAAAAGUUUUUCUAUUUGUGUGCGUGUGUUAAUGCUUGUGUGUGUGUGUGUGUUUGUGUGUGAGAGCGACGGCCACAGCUGAGAUUACACUUAACCGUCUCACAGCAUGUGUUUGACAGCUACAGGAAGUCACCUUGACCCCAUCCACCCACCAUGCUGGUGUCCCCCACCACCGUUCCCGUCCCAGGUCAAAAGUCCCAUUGUUUUUUUAGAAAAAUCUAUUUAUUUAUUAGCAUUAAUUUUAUUUCAAAGUAAUUAUUUUGCAUACUCUUCUCGUUAUAAAGUCAUGAAUUGUCAUAUAAUUC